ACGAAUUUUUGUUGAAAAGUAAUUUCAAAUGAGAACCACUGCCCUCGCGAGUUUGGCGCACUUGAUGUAACCUUCUUUCCUACGUUGCUUUUCCAUAUAAAAUGACAAAGGGUACAUCGAGCUUUGGUAAGCGGCGGAAUAAAACGCAUACAUUAUGUAGGCGUUGCGGCCGCAGUUCCUACCACAUCCAAAAAUCGCAAUGUGCUCAAUGUGGAUACCCACAGAAGAAAAUGCGAUCAUAUAACUGGUCUAUAAAAGCGAAAAGGAGGAAGACUACGGGAACUGGACGACUACGCUACCUAAAAAUCGUCCGUCGUAAAUUCAAGAAUGGAUUUAGGGAAGGUUUGCCGAAACCUAAAUCAGUUCAAACUAAAUAAUUCUUGUAAUAUUUCUUAUAAUAAAUAAUCUAAAAUAU